AUGACUGGUCCAGUGCCUCUAACACCCGAAGUCUGCCACUCGUCGUACGUCUCUCACCCCGACACCCCACUCGAACACCAAGGCGACGAUGGCAUCCAGAGCGCCGCCCAUGAAUCUCGAGAAGAAACGAUCGCCUCGUGGCUGUUCAUGCUGGUGGGCAUCGGCUUCCUCUUCCCGUUCUCGGCCCUCACCCAACCGGUCGACUACUGGAAGAUGCUGUUCCCCGACCGCAACAUCGAGUUCGCCAUCACCUCCAUCUUCAUGUACACGAACCUGGUGUGUCUGACUUUGCUCGUCCUAGUGUUCGGCAAGCCUCAGUACACGAGACGCAUCGUCGGGGGCUUCGCCGGUCAGCUCUUCGUGCUCGUGUUCGUGCCCACGUCCUACUUCUUCAUGACGUCGGAGAACGCCAACGCAGCCGCAGUACUCGGAGGCACCGCGUUGGCUGCAGUGGCCACGGCCUUCCUCGAUAGCUGCGCCAUUGCACUCGUGUCGCACUACCCGCAGCGCGUCCAGGAAAGGUUCCAGCUGGGCAUCGGCCUCAGCUCGCUCAUCGGCAGCGUCUACCGCGACGUGACCAAGCUCGUCUUCCCGUCCGAUGAGCUGCUGGCGUCGUCCCUCAUUUACUUCUACACGGGGGCGCUAACGAUUGCGCUCUGCAUCUGCGCCUACUACAAGGCCAUGGGGCUGCAGAUCACCAAGAAAUACCUCCUCACGACAGGAGACAAUGAAGUUGACCUCACCCGGAGUUCACUCGCGCUUGGGGAUAAACAACGUCCAUCCGACGUCGCAUCCGGACCGACACCAACCAAGUGGUCCGUCCUGAACAAGGUCUGGCACCUGGAGCUGCUGAUCCUGGCCGUCUACCUCGCCAGUCUAUCGGUGUGGCCCCCGCUCGUCACGGAGAUCAAGACGUACAACUUCCCGUCGCUGCAAGAGAGCGGCUGGUGGUCUCUGAUCCUGCUCACGCACUUCUCCAUCAACGACUGUGUCGGACGCUUCGUUGUCAGCCACCGCUUCGGACUCACUCCGCGCAACAUUUGGAUCCCGAUCCUGCUGCGAUUCAUCUUCGUCCCGGUCAUUGUCGGCAUCGUCAAGGAGUGGUGGCUCCAGAGCGACGUGUGUCAUUUCAACAAUAGUGCUCACAUGUUCGUGCGGCUGGGACGUCUCCGCGCCGCGGCGCCUCGCUCCACGACGGCCAAUGCCCGGCGCUUCUCCAAGAAGGCGGCGGAACCUCGCCCCACCGUGCGCCCCACCAAGCAGAUGGUGCUCACGGAGCUCAAGGAGGUGGGCAAGCUCAUGUUCGGCGGCCUGGCGGUCACGUCGGCGCUGCUGGCGUCCGGCGGCUUCGUGAUCGAGACGGUCAAGACGCUGAACCCCAUGGACCCGCCGGGCUUCAUGGUGCAGGUGGACGGGCCCGACGAAGCGUCCACCGACGUCCACGUGCAGCGUCGCGGCUCGGGGGACGUGACGGUGCUGCUGGACGGCGGCGUGGGCGAGACGUCCUUCGACUGGGACAAGGUGGCGGCCGACGUGGCCAAGUUCGCCACGGUGGUGAGCGUGGACCGCCCGGGGCUCGGCUUCUCCAAGCCCGGAGCGCUGCCCCGCACGUCGUCGCAGAUCGCGACAGAGUACAAGCAGAUCCUGGACAAGCUCAACGUCACGGGCAAGGUGGUGCUCGUGGCUCACGGAGCUGGCGGAUACAACAUGCGGCAGCUGGCUGAGGAGCUCAAGACCGCGGGACACGGGCCCGAGUGCCAGGGUCUCGUACUCGUCGACGCCCUGCAAGAGGACUUGCGGGGCGAGCUGGAGAGCGUGUCGGAGGUGGUGCACAAGUCGCUGUCGGAGAUGGACAGCAACGGUGAGAUGGUGCUGCGGCUGUCGCGUUUGGGGCUCAUUCGGCUGAUCAACGUGGUGCAGCACGCCAAGAUGGUGUCCAAGUACUCGACCAUUGCGCUGCCCUACGUCGAGUACUACUCGCCGUCGCCGGCGCACCGAGAAGGCGCUCUGCGCGAGAAUCAAGCCAUCCCACAAACCGAGCAGCGCUUCAGGGACGCUGCUGGGACGGGCGCGGCGCCGUUCGAGUUUCCGUGCGUGGUGCUGUCGCACGGCAAGGCGGGCAUGUUUGACACCAUGAAGAUGCAGGCGGGCGUGACCCCGCAGACAAUCGCGGACCUGGAGCGCAAGUGGCUCGACGCGCAGACCAAGCUGGCGCACACUGUUAGCAAGCGCAGCGUGCACCUCGUGGUGAACGAUACUGGCCACUGCAUCCACCAUGAGAAACCCGACGAGGUCACGAAGGCCGUUCGUGCGUUGGUGGACGAGAUCCACGGGGAUGAAAUGACGACUGGAAGCUUUGGAAACAAUGCUGGUUUGGUGCUGAUUAUGCUCGCAGCACUCGUGGUACUGGCUGCGGCAGGCUACGUGGACCUCUACCGUGACGCAUACUUCAAGACGAAACUCAAGCGGGUCGAGAGCCGUUCGAGCAUGCGCGUAGCUUGCAAAUCUGUGCGCUAUGAGUCAUGCAUUAUCCAGGAUCUUUGGUUUCUACGAUAUGACCAGCACAAGUACUUCCCACAGAACUUCCGACUGGACGGGCUGAACGAUGCCAUCUCCUCUUUCAUGGUCUUCAAUAAAGGAGGCAAUGCUGGCACGAUGAACGUUUGCCAGCUCCCCGAGACCGACGGCGCUGGAAAUACAACGAUCGCUGGGGGAAGCAGCUCGUACUCUGCCGGCUACAUCGAUCUCUACAAGGACGCCAACUUCAAGAACAAGCUCCUGAGGGUCGAGAAUGUGCUCGUUGACGUGUGCUACAACUUCAACUUCGCGUGCAACAAGCUGGACAACACCGUUACGUCUGCCAAGUGGGGCGGACUGACUGAGAAGAUGGUCGACGGCGGCGACGCAAUGAUCGCGUUCUACACGGACCGAGACUGCCUGGAGCGCAACGUCUGGUGGCGGACCAAGACGCAGAGCGACGACGACCUCUAUUUCCCCUCGAACUUCCGGCUGGAUGGGAUCAACGACGAGGUUUCGUCCUUCAUGGUCUGGCACAAGAGCACGAAGAAGACUGGCUUGGGCGGGUGGGAUAUCUGUACGACAGAGUCUGGUGCCAUCGACGCUGAAAGGAAUGCGACCGUCGAUGGUGCGUCUGGAAGCGGAAGCGGGGCUUUUGAUAACAACACGAUCACUGCAUUAGCGUAGACUUCGAGAAUCCGACUCGUUUUUUUAUAUUGCUUUCGUUUAAAUACAAUAAACUGGUUCCAUUCCGAUAGCCUCU